ACCGAACCCCCCGCCGACGUCCUCCCUUCCCCCGGAGCUUCUACCCGAUUUUUUUUUCUGGUGAAAACCUCGGCCGUUCUCCCCGUCUCGGUCAACCGCAAGCACGAGUCGCCUGCUCUCGCCGGAGACGUCCUGUCGGUCCUACUAGACGCCGGAGUCCUGCUUCAGCUGGCCCUCGCUCCCUAUCACGCGGAGCCCUAGCCUUCGCGCUUCCUUCAGUGCUAACGACCGCAGCCCCCUUUCGUCGGCUUCCACUCCCGCCGGCAAAGCCUCCUCUGCCGGCGAAGCCUCUGUCAGCAAACUUCCUGCCGCGGCCUCCUUUGCCAGCAGGACCUUGGGCAGAGCUUAUCCCCUCUUACCCACUUUCUUUUUGUGACGCCGACGGAUGUUCUAGCACACCAUCUACCGAAGCAUCUCGUUGGCCCUCAUUCCUUUGUGGUUGGAAACCUCGCAGCGUGAAAAAGUGUGGACUUCCUUUCUCUUUUCGAGGAGAGCUUCAUCCUGGACUUCACCGAACGACGAACAACCAACGCUACGUUGGAGAUUGAAGCCUUCUAUACUGCCUUCCCUACCAGCAUACUUGAAAAAAUCUCAGCAACACUUUUAGAGUAACAAAGGCAUCGAGCAAGCAACAUGAGGAGAAGGCCUGGAAUUGCUGGUUUACAGACAGCUGCUGCUGCUCGUGAUCAAUACAGGCUGCUUGGAGAAAAUGUUGCUAAGGUCAGAGCAGAUCUCAUGAAAGAGCAGCUUGCAACGUUUAGAUCCCAAUUGGAAGAGUUUGCUCAGAAGCACAAGAAUGACAUUCGUAAAAAUCCUACUUUUAGAUCGCAGUUCCAUGAGAUGUGUGCUAAAAUUGGAGUCGAUCCCCUUGCCUCCAACAAGGGAUUUUGGGCAGAGUUACUUGGAAUCGGUGACUUUUAUUAUGAACUUGGCGUACAAAUCGUUGAAAUUUGCUUGGCUACUAGAUCACAUAAUGGAGGCUUGAUCAAUUUGCAAGAGCUUUGCAGUCUACUCUCCCAACGAAGAAAGACUGCUCGAGAAGCAAUAUCUGAAGAUGAUUGUCUGCGUGCCAUUAGUAAACUGAAGGUCCUCGGUAGUGGUUUUGAGGUCAUCUCGAUUGGGAGGAAGAAACUUGUUCGAUCAGUUCCCACCGAGUUAAAUAAAGAUCAUAAUGAGAUUCUGGAACUCGCUCAG